AUGGCUAGGAUAUCGACAUCUUCGAGUAAUAGAAAUUUACCGUCAUCUAAUGCCUUAAGACGUCAAAGAGAAAGAGAAGAGCAAAUCCGAAGGGGUAGGGUAGGUCAGACAUCUGCCAAUCAUUCAAGACAAUCGUCAGUUAAUAGACAACGAGAAACAGGGGUGUAUCAAAAUCAACCGGGGGAUCCUCCUGCCACAAACGCUUCCAGCACAAAGAGAAAGAGAAGAUACAAGCCAGGUACCAAUGCCAUCCGGGAAAUUCGUCAAUUUCAAAGGUCCACAAGUUUGCUACUUAGAAAGCUACCAUUUUCAAGAUUGGUCAGGGAAAUAGCUGAGAACUACAUAGGAGCUUCUUAUGGUAUACGGUGGCAAUCAAAUGCUGUAAUGGCUCUACAAGAAGCAUGUGAAGCAUACUUGGUUCACUUGUUAGAAGAUACAAAUCUCUGUGCUAUCCACGCAAAGAGAGUUACGAUCAUGCAAAGAGAUAUCCAAUUGGCCAGACGAAUAAGAGGACAUAUAUGA